AUGUUGGACGAGCGCGAACGCGUGAGGCGCCAGCUCGCGCUCGAGACGAAGCGCCGGCGCGAGCUCUUCGAGAAGAAGGCCAAGGCGAGAGCGGCGCUCGAGGAGGAGAUGGCGAAGAACCGACUGAAAGAACGACGCGAAGCCCGCGAACGAUCCGCGGCGUACAUCCACAAGUCCCCCGAACCCCCCCCGCCGCCGAGCGACGUCAAGGUGUUCCACAGGGACACCCCCUCCGCGAGGACGAAGCACGGUCGAUCCCCGGCGCCCACUCGCGCGUGCGGCGCGUGGGACGGACGCAAGAUCCCGGCGCCGCACGCGGCGACCGCGUUCGGGACGCGCGUGACGCCGUCGGGGAGGACCGGCGACGGCGCCGGGGCGAGCCCGUACGACGGCGCGACGACCGCGAGCGAGCUGAGGAGGUUUUUGAGGGAGAGGCGAAUCGCGGGCGGCGGCGGGGGCGGCGGCGGGGGCGACGAAGACGGGAAGCGCGCGCGGUCCGCGGCGACGACGCCGUCGCCGUCCGCGCCGUGGAAGAUGCUCAAGGCGAACGCGGCGGCGGAUCUCGGCGCGAUACUCACCGAAACUGAACGACGCGAUAUGAUGUCCGAGGUGGAGGAUUCGCACCGGCCGUUCGUGUUAUCCGAGGUUGAAAAGCCCCCGCAGCGGGAGAACAAGCGCGUGCUGAGGAUUCGGAAACCCGCGAUGAUUCGCGCGCCGGCGGCGGCGCUGGCAGAUGAAGCGGCGUACCACGCGACGCGGCGCGACGACGAAAUCGAAAACGAUAACGAUAACGACAACGAAAACGACAACGAAAACGAACCGCCGCGAGGGUUCACUAACUUCAGUCCCGUGCACGCGGGCGGCGAGAAAGCCAUGGAGGCGAGGCGGUGGAUGCGCGCGCACUUGCCGUCGACGUUUACGCCGCUGUCCGAGCAAGGAAACGGAUCCGCGGGCGCGUCUCUGGCGUCGACGCCGUCGAUGCGAUCGAACGCGGGGUCCGCGUCCAGGGCGGUCGCCGCGGCUGUCGCGGCGAGGAUAGCUAUGCUCAGCGACGACGAGGACGACGACGAGGAGGAGGUGGUGGAGCCGCGGCGCGCGGAGUCGGUGAGGGAUAGCCUCGAGGUCGAACCCGAGCCGGCGCCGGAGCCGGAGCCGGAGCCCGCGCCCGCGGAGGCGCCGCCGCCAUCGCCCCCGGUGUGGAAGGACGGCGAAGACGAAGACGACGACGACGACGACGACGAGAUGAGCCUGCAGCAGAUGCGGGAUAAGAUGCGCGACGCGGCGGCGGCGGCGGCGGAGCGUCGCAAACGCGGCGAAGACGACGGCGCGGGCGCCGCCGCGGGCUCGAGCGGCGCGAGCUUCGGCGCGACGACGACCCCUCCGGCGUUCCGCGACGCGAAGAGCAACCUCUUCCGCGACUCGUUCGCGGAGCUCGAGAAACUCGACGGCGACGAGCAGUCGAACUGGUGGGGAAAGAAGCGCUCCGCGGCGCACGCGAUGGAGCGCGCCGUCGCGUCCGCCGUCGCCGCGCCCGCCAUCGCGGAGGAGCUCCUCGACAGCGUCGACGCGUUCGAGGCGAUCGAACGGAACGUCUCCGAGGAGAUGUCGGCCGCGUCGGGGAUGGGUCCCGACCCCGACCCCGACCCCGACCCCGACGCGCGAUCGGCCGCGGCGUCGUGCGCGCCGUUCAAGCCGACGAAACCCCCGGCGCUGAGCGUGAAGCGCCCGGACGUGCCCGCGUUGAAACCGCCCGCGGCGGCGCCGUUCAACCCGCCGAAGACGUACGCGGAGCGAGAGGCGGCGCGACGCGCCGCGGCGGAGAAGAAGACGCUGCCGUCGAAGGCGCUGCCGCUCGCGCCGCGCGAGGAGGAGGAGUUCUCGGACGAGGAUAUGGAGGACUACGAGCCCGGCGGGUCGUCGUCGUCGUCGUCCGAGUACGAGGAGGAGGAGGCGGCGGCGGCGGCGUUUUCGUCGUCUCUGAAGCCGCCGUCGUCGCCGGACCCGCCGCGGUUUUGCGCGGAGCUCUCCGCCGCGGACGCGGGGUACGUCGCCUCCGCGCAGCGCCGCGCGGCGGCGCGAGCGACCGCGUCCUCGAGCGCCGUCAAGCCCAAAGUCAUGUCCGCCGCGGAGAAGGUCAAGAAGAUGGCCGAGGCGCCGCUCAUGCUGAAGGGGUCGUACUUUGCCACGGCGGUGGAAAACGCGGAACGGUCGCGACGCGAAGCCGCGCGGUUGGCCGCGUUCGAGGCGGAGGAAGAGGCUGAGCGCGCGGCGGCGCGGCGGUCGAGGAGCGCGCACGGACCGCGGCGGGUGCCGUCGCUCGCGCCGCCGCCGUCGCACGGGCCCGUGUACGCGCCCCCGGGGACUCGCCCGAGCCCGACGGGGUUGGGGUUCGGCCACGCCGCGGCGUUCGCGCGUCAGCCAAACUUUGCGACCCACCAUCCGUACCAACCGUCGCCGCCGCCUCCGCAGCACUGGGGGAUGUACCCCGCGCAGCUUCAGCUUCAGCAGCAGCAUCACCAUCACCACGCGAUGAUGCAGCAGCAGCAGUGGCAGAUGCGCGAGAUGCAGAUGCGCUGGCAGCAGCAGCAACAGCAGCAGCGGCAGACGUUCGCGCCGCCGCAGCCGUCGCCGACGCCGCGGGUGCAAGGCGCGAAACGCGUGACGCCGCAAGGCCGCCGCCGACGCGACGCGCCCGCGAGCGCGACGAAACACGUCCGUUUCGCGGAGACCCCGGAAGGCAGGGCGGUGCGCGAACUUCUCGGCGACGGCGCGCGCGGCGGGAGCGGCGGCGAGCGAUACGUCAACCGCGUGAAGAGCGCGACGGGCGCGCCGACGUCGCUCUCCACGGAGGAGGCGAAACUCCUCGCGUCGCUCCGACGCCUCGACGCGCACUGCCUCGCGCACGCCGCCGGCGGGUCCGCGCUCGACGGGCUCAACGUCCGACGCAGCGCGACCGUGGACGCGGUCUUGGACUUGGACGCGACGCGCAACAGCCGUCGAAGCGUCGAGGAGGCGGCGCUGCUCGCGUCGUUGACGCGUCUCGACGACGCGUUGGACGGCGCGCGCUUACCCGCGUCGCGUCAUCGCGCCGUCUCCGCCCCCGGGGGAGCCCGGCGCGUCGGCGUCGUGAAGAUGGCGACCGCGGCCGUCGCCGUCGCCGCGCCCGCGUCGGCGACGCGAAGGCGCGCGCCGCGGGGAGGGCAGGCGCUCGUGACGGACGCGUGGGGGGGCCCGCCGCCGGGCCCCGGCGUCGCGGCGACGCGCGGCGUCUCGCGGAGGACGGCGCCGUACGACGCCUCCGGGGCGAAAGUGCGGCCGCAGCGCAGGCAGGUUGGGUACGUCCACGCGGUCUCCGCGGCGACGGCGGCGGCGAGCAAGGCGAGCAAGGCGGCGAACGACGCGCGGAGCGGCGGGAAGACGUCGCGCGCGAGGGAGCAUCUUCGCUCCUCCGGCGGGGCGAUUCACUGCAACGGCGUCGUGUUUUAG